CUGUUGGUAAUACUGAAUCGUGGAACUGUUUUUGCGCGGGUCAAACCGCUGUCGGAAUAUUUCUCAACAUUUAUUAUAGUUUUUAUAUCAAUUGCGGUAUUAUUGAAAUUCAUCUUAGUCUAUUAUCUCCAACGUGAAAUAAUUAUUAGCAACUUCACUGUUACAGCAUUAUUGGCGACCAUGGAAAUUUUCUUCACCUCGUUACUCUUUCACGUUGUAAAGUAAGAGAAAAAGAGCGAGAGAGAGAUCGUUUAUUUCGCAGCAAAAGUGACGAUAAACGGCCGCCAUCGAUCGCUGUACAUUCUGUGACCAACCAUUUUAUAAUAAUAAAGAGAAAAGUAACUUAAUAAAAAUAAUUAAAAAAAGGAACCAGUCGUUGAAGUAUCUCAAGAAUGUUAUCUCAAAAUUUUGUGCAUCUUGGCUUACAUUGACGUUUCGACCGUUUCAACGAACCAAUGUCUGUUAUGCGUUUGUUGGAAAUUACACCGUGAGAUUGACGUUUCUUCAAAAGCCAAAGAGGCUUCGUUAUAUUAUUUCUUUAUUCGUUAUCGUAAAACGACCAAAAAUGACUACCGCACUCUACCUGGAACAUUAUUUGGACAGUCUGGAGCAUUUACCCAUAGAAUUGCAAAGAAAUUUUACUCUGAUGAGAGAUUUGGAUGCUAGAGCUCAAGGUCUUAUGAAAGACAUAGACAAACUUGCGGAUGAUUAUUUAAAAAAUAUAAAAAAAGAAUCCAAUGACAAAAACAAGGAACAGCUUGGCCAUAUACAAAGCUUAUUUAACAAAGCCAGAGAGUAUGGUGAUGACAAAGUCCAAUUGGCCAUCCAAACUUACGAAUUAGUGGAUAAACACAUAAGAAGAUUGGAUUCUGAUCUGGCUAGGUUUGAAGCUGAAAUUCAGGAUAAAGCUCUAAGUAGUAGUAGAACUCAGGAAGAGAGCGGAGCCAGUAAAAAAGGUAGGAAGAAACUCAAAGAAAAGGAAAAACGCAAAAAAGGUACGACCGGAGCAAGCAGCGAGGAUGAAUCAAAAACAGCAAGAAAAAAACAGAAAAAAGGAGGAUCCGUUACUUCCGCAACUUCCACUGGUGCUGUUGGAAGCGGGGCACAAACAGAAACAAGCUCCCUCGGGCAUCCUUCUGACGUAUUGGAUAUGCCUGUCGACCCAAACGAGCCAACGUAUUGUUUGUGUCAUCAAGUUUCUUAUGGAGAAAUGAUUGGCUGUGAUAAUCCUGAUUGUCCAAUCGAGUGGUUCCAUUUCGCGUGUGUUGGGUUAACGACCAAGCCGAAGGGUAAGUGGUACUGUCCAAAAUGUACGCAAGAUCGUAAGAAGAAGUGAGAUAAAAAAUUGAGGUUAAUCAACGACGACGACGAAGGUG